AUGCGUCAAGCCCCGGGCGGAUUUAAUGGACCAAGAGCACGAUAUGUGCCCAACAGUGAUGGUCCAUCUCGUCGAGUCUAUCGUUCAUCUUAUGUUCGACCACGUUAUCGAUAUAGACCACCACUAGUACGACCAGUAGUACCAGCUGGUCGAGCACCCGGUGGUGCUGGUCUUCUUGCAGCUAUUCUUGGACCCAUUGGUGGUCUUACUGGAUGUUUAUGUUGUCUUAUGACUAUUGGUGUAUGGGGUUUAUUUAUCACGGCUAUUCCAUUGACUGUCUUUAUUAGUCGAUGGUUACGUGAUUAUAAGAAUCGUAAUGGUCUAAAUGGUGCCCAAGAACUUAUUGCUCCACAUAUGCUUCUUUUAUUAGUACUCGGGGUUGCAGUCAUGUAUAUACACGGUUGA